AUGGAAACAACAUCAAAGGAGUCGACCAGCUUGGAGAGGAGGUGGAGUAUUCGACAGAUGGAGGGGGCAUACCGGUUGAAGGAGAUGAUGGUGCGGAAGUGUGAGGGUUACGUACACCUGGUUCUCGGGUCUGAAUCCAAAAAUAGGAGUUGCUUCAAGAAUUCAUUCAAUCCAAAUAUGAUAUCAGAAUUGACUCUAGUCCUGAAGAACCUGAUGUCCGAUGACAGUCUGGUGGUCCUCAUAUCUGGGUCAGGUAACACAUUCUCGGCAGGGGUUGACCUACAUUACUUGCUGCACGGCGAGUCGGAUAGGAGGAUUGCCGCUAGAAAUAUGGCCACCCAUCUCAAAGAGUUGGUCAGCGUCUUGAUAGCCUUCCCCAAGCCACUCAUAGCAGCAGUGAAUGGAGCAGCAAGUGGCCUGGCAGUAGCCAUGUUACCCCUUCUGGAUCUGGUCUAUGCAAGUGACAAAGCCUCCUUUUCGUGUCCCUAUGUCGAUGUGGGGCAGACGCCUGAGGCCUGCUCAUCGUACACGUUUCAGAAAAUUAUGGGCCCUGCUAUGGCGAACGAGUUGUUGAUUCGAGGGAGGAAGGUAACAGCUCUCGAGGCACAUCAGAUUGGUCUUGUCACCCAGGUGUUCUGGCCGGAGAACUUCAUGUCUGAGGUCACGCCCAGGGUUCAAAACUUCGCUCAUCUCAAUACAAAAGUCUUGACGUCCACAAAAAUGUUGAUGAGACAUCACAAAAGAGCCAAAUUGGAGACAGUGAAUGAGGCGGAGUGUCAACAUUUGAUUGACUGUUGGUCGUCCAGUAGGACGCAGAGCCACAUGAAAGCCUACAUCGAGAGGCACAACGAUUGGCUGGCUGGAUAA